GGAACGGUUUUUAAAUCCACCACGCUCUUAAACAGUCUGUUUUUUUGUCUUUGCAGAGUCAGUGAACUUAAACACGGUGGCUACAGAGGGGGACAUUUAAUAGACUCCGUGUCUUCUUUGGGUUUUUAUUCCGGGAAUUGACAUGGCAAAAGGGAAGAAAAAUGUGCUGAGAACCGAGGACACUGUUGAACUUAAAGUCGGCUCACGGAAAGAGACAAAGGAAAACAAACCAGCAAUUAACAAGGACUGCGUAGGUAAAGCGCAGUCAAACUUCCCGAGUGUACGGAGUCCAAGCAAACCUAGAUCCCCUCUGAGCGACAGUUCAAGCAUGUUGAUUCAGGAAGGAAACGAAUCUGAUGCAAAUAAUCCUGACGUGUCAAAGCUAAAAAAAGACCUACCUAAUGAAGCAAAAUCUGAGAGUUAUGAAUCCAAAGAGCAGAAACCUGAAACAGCUGCUCCCUGUCAUGGGAUGAGAGAACAAGCUGCUGAACAACUUGAACAAAAAGAGUCCGUGAUGCACUCGCAUGCCAAGUCUGCAGCAGACGCCAAAGUUUCAGCAUCCAAGUUUCGGAGUAGAACCGGUCGCAGACUCGGAGCAAAAAGGGCAGAGAAUAAAGCUCCCCAAAACAGAAAGGUCACUGACUAUUUCCCCAUCCGACGAAGUAACAGAAAAACAAAAGCAGAGUUAAAGAAUGAAGAACACAGACACAUUGAUGACGUGAUAAGGAAUGACAUUGAAGAAGGAAUGCAGAUCAAACACAUAGAAGGAAAAGGAAGAGGAGUAUUUGCUGUCAAGGGUUUCAAGAAGGGAGAGUUUGUCGUGGAGUACCAUGGAGACCUACUGGAACUGGCAGAGGCUAAAAUAAGGGAGGCCCAGUACGCUCAGGAUCCCCAAACAGGCUGUUACAUGUACUAUUUCCAGUAUCAAUCUAAAACAUACUGUGUGGACGCUACAAAGGAAACAAGCCGUCUUGGAAGACUUAUCAACCACAGUAAAACUGGAAACUGCCAGACUAGGCUUCACCCCAUCGAUGGCACCCCUCAUCUGAUCCUGGUGGCUUCCCGAGACAUCAAAGCGGAGGAAGAGCUGCUGUACGACUACGGUGAUCGGAGUAAAGCCUCAGUCUUGGCUCACCCUUGGCUUAAAUACUGAAUCCCACACGUGUUCAUAUUUCAGAUUAAUUGGUGCUUUUUUCCCCCCCUUUCCUUUUUUUUAAGUAUAAAAGAUGUUUUUGUUUUAAAUGGAGGCUAAAGCUUCAACUCAUGAAGUGUAUUUUUGCUACAGUUUUUAUGACGCUUUUAUGUAUUUUUUUAAAAACCUAACUGUAGCAGAUUGAUGCGAGCUUGAAAAGUAUUUCUCCUGGAUAAGAAAGAAGUGUUUCAAAUUGUCCAUGGAGUUUCCUUUUGUAAUGAAUAUAUUGACAAUUCAAUUUCACUCUUGUAAAUUAUUGCCUGUGCUGUAAAUUGAGGAAUAAAACACUGUUAAGUUUUCAUUCCA